AUGUCUGUGACCAAAACCAGUAAGGAGAUUCCUGCUGCUGCCCCUUCGGUGGAGUGCCCCGUCUGUUAUGAGUCAUUUCAGUCUCCGAAAGUGUCGCGCCGGGUGCUGAGCUGUGGGCACGCUUUUUGCCAUGACUGUCUGGUCAAGUGCCUUUUGGCGUCGCGGGAUGAGGGCCGGCUACAGAACUGCCUCACCUGCCCCGUCUGUCGCUUUGUGACCUUCCUCUGCAGGAAGAGAGCCUGCUUGCCUUCCAAGAUCUCCUCAAACCCUCCACCUUUGGAGCUGCCUCUCUCACCUUCGUUGCUGUCCUUGGGGCCGGCAAACACUUUAGUGGUGCCUGGCCACUUCCUGAUGUCCCUGCGUGGCUACGACAGCCACCAGAAUGUGUGUGGCUGCCCUAGCAUGGACUCGAUGGUGCACCCUGGUGGCUUGGAGCGACAGUCUCACGUCUUUGUUAUCACUCAGUGUGGGAUGCCGCUGAUCGAAGAGAACAUUGGUGUCGCCGCUCUAAACCACGAUGUGGAAGCUGCGGGGUCAGUGACGUCUCAGAGGUCCCUAAUAAUGGGCUGCUUCCAAUCACCCAUUGUCUUGGCAAUCCUCCUGGUCUCCACUGUUGCUCUGUUGGGGGCUGUUCUCCCCUGGCUACUACUACUAGAAUGA